ACAUAAGAAACUGAAACUGAAUUGUUCCAGUCGUUCGUCGGUCGUUCCAUUGUCGCUGUUUAAUAAAACAGGCCGAAAAAGUGCGACAAAAUGUUUCGUAACGUAACCGCUCCUGUGUUUGCCUCGCGGAUCUUUAUUUCCAUCAACCACCAACGGAUAGCACCACUAACCAUUCCACUGGCCUCCCUGACGAAUCAUGCCCCGACAGUGGCCCACAAUCCAUCACCGGCGGCCUGGUCACCCAGUGCUAGCCAUCGCAACCGUGGAGGUCACAAGGAAAGGCGGCGUGCUGGGGCGUUACGCUUUCUGGCGGCCAGCUCGUUUCUUUCGUGGUUCACCAAAAAGACCGACGACGAAGACACACCCGAAAGCCAGCUGAUAACGAUCAUUAAGCGCUCGAUACUCUCGAUCCAGCACGAGGAGUAUCAAAAAGCGGAACAGAUGUUGCAUCUGGCACUUAAGAUGGCCCAGGACCUGCAGAGCAAAGAUGGCAUCACGUACAUCUACGACAUAAUGGCCAAUCUGGCGAUGGAAGUGGGCGACUUUGCGAAAGCCGAAAAACUGUUCGUUAACGUCAUGCAGCGGCUCUUCGCCGACGGGUUCGUCGAAGAUCACAUCAAAAUGUUGCACAUCAGCUCCAAGAUCGCGCACCUGGCCCAACUACAGGGUCAUCUUGACAAGGCGGCUCAGGGAUUCGAGUGGACACUGACAAAACUCGAACAGCAGAUGAAACAGAUCGGAGACGAAAACACUCGUGAAUUACGCGAACUUUGGGGCAUCACAAAGAACUGGUACGCGCAACUGCUGAUGGAGUGCAAACGGUUCUCGGAGGCCAAGCAAGCAUUCCUGCAGGCGUACGAUGCAUACACCGAGAUUCACGGCAAACUGACGGAAGAAGGACUGACGAUACUAAACAAUCUGAGCGUAGCAUGUUCAAACCUUGAGGACUACGUUUCGGCCGAACGAUUUCUCAAUGAGGCGAUCGCCCUGGCGGCCCAAAUACCGGAUCUCUCCGAGGCAGGCGUUUACAAAGCCAACCUCGGUCUGCUUUACCUGCAGCAGGGACUGCUCCAGCAGGCGCACGAAUUCUGCACGUUCGCCUGGCGCUACGGCAAGCACCACAAACACGAAGAGACUGUGAUACAGGCAAACUAUUGCCUCGAGCAGAUUAAGGCGAUGCAAAAGUAAUCGGCCGAAUGGCCGGAACCACCGAAAUCACACCGAUGUUAUUUAAAUUACGCUCCUCACGUAUGCUGUUAUAGUGAAUGAAACACAUUGACCCAUCUGUUUGAAUGUUUGUAGGACUAUAUU